GGUUCAUAUGAGUGCGCCUCCGGUGAUCCGUGCGCCCAGCCCGCUCCCGUUCUCAGGGGGGACAAAUAACAUCAACACCGGCACCGGGGGAGGAGGAGGAGGAGGUGGUGGUGGUGGUGGUGGAGGAGGAGGAGGAGGUGGCGGCGGUGGUGUGAUCUCCUUCCACAUCCAGAUCGGUCUGAGCAGGGAGCCGGUGCUGCUAGACGCCGCAGAGCUCAGCCUCAGUCAGGUCCGGGAAGUGGCGUGCUCCAUCGUGGACCAGAAGAUACCGGAGUGUGUUUUCUAUGGGAUGUACGAGAAGAUCCUGCUGUUUCGUCAUGACCAGACAUCAGAAAACGUGCUGCAGCUGCUGCGCUCGGCCUCUCAGAUCCAGGAGGGGGACCUGGUGGAGGCCGUACUGUCAGCUUCAGCCACAGUGGAGGACUUCCAGAUCCGUCCACACUGUCUGUUUGUUCACUCGUACCGAGCUCCGACCUUCUGCGACCACUGUGGAGAAAUGCUGUGGGGACUCGUACGACAGGGACUCAAAUGUGAAGGCUGUGGUCUGAACUAUCACAAGCGUUGUGCCUUUAAGAUCCCCAAUAACUGCAGUGGAGUGAGGAGGCGCCGCUCGUCAAACGUCUCCCUGACGGGGGGACUGGUAAACAUGGGGCGCCCCCUCUCUGCUGAGCCAUCACCACCCCACUACACCGACGAUGCUUUACUGUCUCCAGUCAGCCCCAGCAUGGAGCAGAAGAACCAAUUAGAUUACUUCCCCGGGAGAGAGCGGCGCUCCAGUUCCCAGUCAUACGGUGGCCGUCCCAUCGAACUUGACAAAAUCUUACUGUCAAAGGUUAAAGUUCCUCACACCUUCCUGAUCCACUCGUACACCAGACCCACCGUCUGCCAGCACUGCAAAAAGCUGCUGAAAGGCCUCUUCAGGCAGGGACUGCAGUGUAAAGAUUGUAAAUUUAACUGUCAUAAACGAUGUGCUCCUAAAGUGCCGAACAACUGCUUGGGAGAAGUUUCCAAAAAUGGAGAGCUCCUCAGCCCAGGGGCGGAGUCAGGGGCAGAGGGAUGCCUUGAUGACCAUGAUAAUGACAGAGGCGGCGGCCUGUUGGACGACAUGGAUGAAGCGCUGACAUCAGAGGGGGGUCUCCUGCUGGAGGCGGGGCCGAGCGACCUCUGUGACAUGCACGACCCCGACCUGGACGAGUCCAACCGAGCCAUUAGCCCGUCCACCAGUAACAACAUCCCCCUGAUGCGGGUUGUUCAAUCCGUCAAACACACAAAAAGGAAGAGCAGCAAUGUGAUGAAGGAGGGCUGGAUGGUCCACUACACCAGCAAGGACACUCUGAGGAAGAGACAUUACUGGCGACUGGACAGUAAAUGCAUCACACUGUUUCAGAACGACACAGGAAGUAAAUACUAUAAGGAAAUCCCUCUGUCUGAGAUAUUAUCCCUGGAACCAGCACAGACUUUCUCUCUGCUUCCUGAUGGAGCAAAUCCCCACUGCUUUGAGAUCGCCACAGCAUCACUGGUUUACUACAUUGGAGAAAACCUGCAGAGAGCUGAAUCAUCUGUGACCAGCAGCAGCAUCCUGGUCAGUGGAGUUGGGCAGGAUGUGGCUCGGAUGUGGGAGAUGGCCAUCCAGCAUGCACUGAUGCCGGCCGUCUCAACAGGAAUUUCCCACAGUUCCCACCGCAGUGGACACAAGGAAAUCUCCAUUAGUAUUUCUGUGUCCAACUGCCAGAUCCAGGAGAAUGUGGAUAUCAACUCGGUGUAUCAGAUCUUCCCAGACGAGGUUCUUGGCUCAGGACAGUUUGGCAUUGUCUACGGAGGUAAGCACAGAAAGUCCGGUCGAGAUGUCGCCAUCAAGAUCAUUGACAAACUCCGAUUCCCCACAAAACAGGAGAGUCAGCUGCGCAACGAGGUCGCCAUCUUGCAGAGUUUGCACCACCCAGGCGUGGUCAACCUGGACUGCAUGUUUGAGACCCCAGAGAGAGUGUUCGUGGUCAUGGAGAAGCUCCACGGAGACAUGCUGGAGAUGAUCCUGUCCAGUGAGAAAGGACGACUGCCUGAGAGGAUCACCAAGUUCCUGGUCACACAGAUUCUCGUGGCUUUGCGUCACCUCCACUUCAAAAACAUUGUCCACUGUGAUCUGAAACCUGAGAACGUCCUGCUGGCUUCUGCAGACUCAUUUCCACAGGUGAAGCUGUGCGACUUCGGUUUCGCUCGGAUCAUCGGUGAGAAGUCGUUCAGGCGUUCUGUGGUCGGCACGCCAGCGUAUCUCGCCCCUGAGGUCCUGAGGAACAAAGGCUACAACCGAUCUCUGGACAUGUGGUCGGUUGGAGUCAUCAUCUAUGUCAGUCUCAGUGGGACGUUCCCUUUCAAUGAAGAUGAAGACAUCAAUGAUCAGAUCCAGAAUGCUGCCUUCAUGUACCCUCCUCAUCCCUGGAAGAAAGUUUCCCAGGAAGCGAUUGACCUGAUUAACAACCUGCUGCAGGUUAAGAUGAGGAAGAGAUAUAGUGUCGACAAGACCCUCAGUCACCCCUGGUUACAGGACUACCAGAUGUGGCUAGAUCUAAGAAACCUGGAGUCCCGGAUGAACGAGCGCUACAUCACCCACGAGAGCGACGACCUGCGCUGGCAUCACCACGCCCAGCUCAGCGGCCUCGACUACCCCACGCACCUCGCCAACGGUCCCCGCAGUGACAUUGGACAGGGGAUGGAGCGUUACCAGGAGCAAGAGGAGCUGGAGACCCUCAGUGAGAGGGUCAGUGAACUCUGAAGAGGGGGCCACGUGAAGAGUUUUAACUAGAACAUGAGACGAAAAACAGCAACAGUAACAAAAUGAAAGAAAGCACAAAACUAAAACAAUUAAGAACACUUCAAAUCCAAACAAAAUAAUGAACAAAACUUACUCAACUAUAAUAAUGUCCUUUACUGACUGCCUAUUUUACAGACCCUUAAACCAAAUACAAGUUGUUUUUUAAGGAUAUUAAAUUUUCCAUUUGCUAUGGAAGCACAUUGCAUUCACUAUAAAUCUGAUGUAACAUUUCAUAAUUCCUU